UGUUUUGUAAACAACUCGUACGCUUUCAUCAGUACGUAAACCAAAAGUACGAAAAAAUUCCUGGUUCAAAAAAAUUGAAAACCUUUUAUUAAGCGAUUUUCUUGCUUGAAACAAACUUCAACUAUUUAAAGAUGUGCUGUCAAGGAGCCUGUGGAUCGGUAUCUUAUGCCCUGGCCUAUGGCCCCGUCGGUCCCGCCCUGCCGGCCAUGAACUAUAACAACUGCUGUUGCGGCCCCAAUCCGCCCUGUGGUCCCUGGACAUGUCCACCCAACAGGUGUUGCUGCGCCGGCGAGUGGGGAUGCUUCGGACCCUUCUAUUGAGGAUCAGAGGGAAUCGGUCAUGGAGCACUUCGAAUGCAGAAUGACGUGGAAUUUUUUUGUGCUUUUGGUUUGAACAUUGUUACUUUCUGUACAAUGGUUCAUGCAAAUCAAUAAAUUCAUGUUUUUAAAAAUA